AUGAAAGAGGAAGUGCCCACCAACACUACCAAGAUCCAGCCAGGCUGGUUUGUGCCAACGAAUGGUAGCACCAGCAAGUCCUUCUAUUUCUCAGAGACGCCUCCUGCUCUUCCCUUAAAUCCUUGGGAUGUCGUCCUGUGCAUUUCUGGGACUAUCAUCUCCUGUGAGAACGCCAUCGUGGUAGCCAUCAUCUUUUACACUCCAGCUUUCCGGACUCCGAUGUUCCUGCUGAUUGGGAGCUUAGCCACGGCUGAUCUAUUGGCUGGCUUGGGCCUCAUCUUUCACUUUGUCUUCGUUUAUUGUGUCCAGUCCCAGAUGGUGAACCUCCUCACCAUGGGCCUCCUGGUGACCUCAUUCACUGCCAGCGUGGGCAGCCUCCUGGCUAUCACCAUAGAUCGCUACUUGUCUCUCUACAACGCGUUGACUUACUACUCAGAGAGGACAGUCACCCGGACCUACGUCAUCCUCAUCCUCACGUGGGGGAUCUCCAUUGGCUUCGGACUGUUGCCCGUCAUGGGCUGGAACUGCUUGAAGGACAACUCUGCCUGCAGCAUCAUUAAGCCAUUGAACAAGGACCACCUCAUCAUCCUGUCCAUUUCCUUCUUCAUGGUCUUUGCCGUCAUGUUGCAGCUGUACGUGCAAAUCUGCAAGAUCGUGUGUCGGCAUGCGCAGCAGAUCGCCCUCCAGAGACACUUCCUGGCUACUUCGCACUACGUCACGACCCGGAAAGGCAUCUCCACAUUGACUCUCAUCCUGGGGACUUUUGCCUCAUGCUGGCUGCCCUUGGCCGUUUACUGCCUCCUGGGAGAUUACACCUACCCUGCCCUCUACACCUAUAUGACUGUGCUCCCGGCCACCUACAAUUCCAUGAUCAAUCCGGUGAUCUAUGCCUUCCGGAACCAGGAAAUCCAGAAGGUCUUAUGGGCAAUAUGCUGCAGCUGUAUCUCCUCCUCCAUGCCUUUCCAGUCCAGAUCGCCCAGUGACGUCUGA